AUGCAGUCAUUUUCAUGCCCCGAUCCCGUUCCUCUGCCUCCACGAUUCACACUCCUAAAAGAGAGACUAGCUUCAGGCAACGAAGCAGCACUUACAUCAUCAUGGCGAAGAUUACUACAAAGGCUGGAAGAAGAGGUUGACCGUAUCUCCUCUCUGGGAUCAAAGGUGGUUCCAUCAAUCGAUUUUGCAAACAUCACGAACCCCGAACACUCCCAAGCCUUUCUUAACCAACUACGAAGAUCAGGGGUGGCUAUCAUUCGAAAUGUGAUUCCAAAGGAGACAGCAGCCAGCUGGAGACAAGAAGCAAGCGAAUACCUCAGCCAGAACCCAGGUACACGAGCAGUGCCAACAAAAGACCCCCAGCUUUACGAACUAUACUGGAGUCCAGCCCAGAUCAAAGCCAGGGCGCAUCCCAACGUCAUAGCUGCACAGAAGUUCGCAAUGGGAAUCUGGGAGUCUAAAGACCCCAACGCUAAAGUCAGCACGAACUUUCCCAUCACAUAUGCCGAUCGUGUGCGGAUACGAACUACCACGACAACAACGUGCGGCGGCGGUGAUGAAAUUAGACCCAGCCCUAGCGCCCAUGUCGACAACGGCAGUGUCGAAAGAUGGGAGCCAGAUGGGUAUGGUCGGGCAGGUACAUACAAGGACAUCUUCAAUGGGCGUUGGGAGGAUUAUAAUCCAUGGGAGAGCUCCUCCCGCGUCCAAGUAACCAGCGACCUCUACCAAGGCGCCGGGUCAUGUUCCAUCUUCCGCAUGUUCCAAGGACUUUUAGCCUUGAGUCCCAUCUCCCCUGACUCCGACGAGGACUCGAACUCAGACUCUGACUCGCUACAAGUGUGUCCCAUGCCCCAGCUAGCCACGGCUUACUUUCUCCUACGACCAUUCUUCUCCCCUUCGCCCUCCGCAUCCCCAGCCUCCUCUUCCCCAAACCUAGUCCAUUCCGAGCAAUCCUCCUCCUUCUCCGUUGCUGGUGAAGGUGAAGAAGAAGACUGCCCUUCCGAAACCCCCUCCUGGCUCUUCGACCACCCUCCCAACUCCAUCCUCCACGGCGCCCUCCCCAGCUACGCCCAAGACAUCAACCCAACACUGCACCCGCACCUCCAGCUCGACCGCAGUCUGGUGACCAUCCCCCGCUUGGAACCGGGUGAUUACGUGAUAUGGCAUCCGGAUUUGAUUCAUGUUGUUGAUGGACCGUGGCAGAGGCGGAAACGGCGGCAGCACCAAAACCAAAACCACCAACACCACCAGCAACAACGCCAGCCACAACAACACCACAGCAUGACGACCACAAGGAGCAACAACCCCCCAUACCCAAACCCAAACCCAAAAACAACCCAACAACAAACAAUGUCCCUCUACCUCCCCGCCUGCCCCCUAACCCAAACCAACGCGCUCUACCUCUCCGGCCAGCGCAAGGCUUUUCUGUUAGGCAAGCCCGGCCCCGAUUUCGGCGGGGGCGGCCAAGCGCUUUUCCACCAAGGGCACAAGAAGUACGGCACGUACGGUGGGUACGGGUAUGGCGGGGUGGGGAGUACGGGGAAUGGACUUGGACUCAUCGGACUUGGUUUUAGGCAUCAUCUACGAAAUAAUAGUGGUGGUAGUGGUGCUGGCGCUGGUGCAGGUACUGGUGAUGAAAGCAGCCAUAUGGGUCGGGCGGGAGUGCAAGAUGUGAAUGAUGCGGGCGGGGAUGAUGGGUUGAGGACGAUGGGGUUAUUGCCGUGGGAUGAGGAGGAGGCGCGGACGGAUAGGGAGAGGGAGGUGCUGGGUAUGGCUAAUGGGAUAUUGUUUCCGAAUUUGUAUGAUUAUGGGUAUGGGAGGGUAUGA